GGUGAUGAUGAACUCUGGGCUAUACGACAUUCUCUCAUGCGUAACAAACCGACCGCCAUCAUCCUUCCCCACCCGGACUGGAAAAAGACCAAACCUGCCGUCGGCCAGGUCUUCGACGUGGAAAAGCCCCCCAAGUUACCCUUCGCCGCCUGUAAAUGUGAGGUUUGCUGUGGUCAGUACUUUCCGGCUACUGUUCAUGUCACCGAUCAGGAGGCUCUUCAGCUUGUCUCAUCUCUCGUCUGUGACGCUCGUCAAGAUUUGACUUUCCUCCGACAGGUCCUUGCAGACCAUGCUGACUUUCUUGUCACGCGCUGGAAGAAGAAGUCGCGUGAGAAGCGUUCUGUUUUUUUGUCAGAGAAUGUCGACGUUUUUGACAAGAAAUUCGCCGCCAUCCAUCUACUUCACAUGCGCAGCAGCCCAGAAAACUGCGACUUCAACUCUGAGCUGAUGCGUUCUUUGCAAGGCAUCAACGACCCAAAGGUCAAGGAAUGGCUUUCUCAAUCUCUCCACGGAAGCAGGCUUACUAAGAUGACCUCGACCUAUCAAGACACCUGGCUCUUACCCUAUCUCGACUCAGACAUGCUCAGCGAAGACCCAUCACUCCUGCUUGCUCUACUGCACCACCGCACUACACGUGAACCCGAGGACUGGAUCUUGUUUGACGACAUGAAUGCCGAUCUAGCUGAGCGUUUCGGUAUCAUCACGCAAACCUUCAACCCUCAUUGCGUCGUUAUGCAAGGCCCUGAUCUCGGCAAACUGGUCAAGUGGAAUGCUGAGCAAGCACACCGCUAUCAGAUCAUCGGUUUCACCAAAGCCUACACCAUUCUCCAGGCUCAGCAGAGGAUGAUGGCCUUUCUUCGCAAGUGUGUUGCGGGUCUCCUCGAUGAGGCCAAUGAGCCUCCGGUUCAACGGGUUCACAACAAGUGGAAUCAGCUUGUGAACGCCGGCUUCUCUCGUAUCGACUCCAACUUCGCUUGGUCUACCGAAUCCGCUAGACCUUUCUGCAGCCCUCCAAAAUUCGAUCCAGUCGAGACUCAUGAGCUCGCCAAGUCUCGUCAUCGUGUCCUUAGAGACCACAUUGAACUGCUUCAGACCGAUCCCGCCUACGUCCAGCAUCAUGCACGAGCAUACAAAAAUGCCCUUUUCCUCGAGACAAUGAAGCAUAGUGACAAAUGGCCCCACGUCGUCGACCAGGUCUUCCUCAACCCUUUGAUAAGGGAAUGUUACUGGCGUCAGAUGCUCUUUGAAUGUGAUAAGAUGGAGCGUGCCUGGUUGGCAUCUGUCGAAAAUCCAUCCGAUGCCACUCGAGCACUCUACAACGAUGCAAUCCUAAUUGUGCAAGACUUGUGUCUGGAGAUGUUUGCCGUCCUCAUCAAUCUUUCGAGCUUGAUAUACCAGCGUGGCUUUGAGCGCAAUUUCGAGUUCACUGGCAGCGGUCGUGACCAUCACCUCAACAGACAAUUCACCACUAAAGACUGGUUCCCACAAGACAUUUUGUACUGGAGCAUCAGUUGCAUGGGACACGACGAAUAUCGCCCUUUCACAAUGGACCCCUCUCUGAACUUCAGGAUCAUCGACUAUAUCUGUCGUACAGAUCCCAAGGAGGCUUCGCGUAUGGAUCAGAACCUUGUCGAUGAGCUUUCCGAUAUGGCUGCUCUGAACACAAUCAGCACCAACAUCCAGUGUCUUCGAUCAUUCAACAGAGAACGCACGUGUAAGAUUCCUGCUGAGGAAACCAAAAGCCGAGAAAACUGGAUCAAAAAGAGCAACAGUACCAAAGGUAAAGCCAUUGGAGACGCCACUGCGAAAUACCUGGACGACUUUUGCACAAAGCACCCUUGGCCCAAGGGAAUGAAGAAUGAGCAAUGGUUGAAGCAAGCAACUGCAUCACGUGCUUCUUUGCAUCGUUUCUGGCAGGCUUUCAGGUUGCAAUGGGCAAAGAAGUUAGGCGAAAAUGGAGUUUGGUCAAGCAGUAUCGACGAGGACCUUGCUAUGAUGCGUAUUCAUGAGAGUGAAGAAUACCUUGCGGAAGUCGCAGCUGAAAGAGACGAUGUUCGCUACCAGGAGUACAAGCGCCGCAUGCAUGAACAGAGCCAUUCUGUCACUCCUGUGGAGAUGCAGACUGUUUGGGGUGACGAAAAUCAGGCUCCAUCGCUUCUGCAAAGCAGCAAUAAGACAAGGCGUCAAAAGAAGCCGGAGGCAUCAGGAACAUUGCUCCAACCACAACCACCACCUGUUUCGAGCCCGCCUUCCAAGCUUCCAGCUCCUAUCAGCCUCAUUCCCGUCAAGCAUGACAACAUGACAAUUUUCCAUCACAUGUUUCCAUCUUGCGGCGAAGAGUCGCAGCGUUCUUUCUCAUGGCAGCAUUUUUUGAGCGCGAUGAUCGAUGCUGGCUUCUCCAUUCUGCAAAGUCAAGGCAGUGCCAUCACUCUCAAGCAGGACGAGGAAAGAUGCGAGGGUGUCAGAACGAUCGUGGUUCACCGCCCACAUCCGUCACCCACCAUCAACCCCAUCAUGUUGCGUAGCAUUGCCAAGCGAAUGACUAAAUGGUUUGGUUGGAGGCGUGAACUCUUUAUCGAGAGGGGUAAA